UCCCAUGAUAACGUCAUAGUCAGCUGUUUAGUGUAACUCUAAUUUACAGAACGUAAACAGUAUUGUUUUAAUAAUGUCGGAGGAAAUUGUAUUUGAUUGCCUGCAUGCUGAGAUAGUCAACUAUUGCCUAAAUAAUAGCAAGGAUCAAAAUGAUCUGGGCACCCUGGAGUACAUAGGCUUUACCACCGGCUAUCGGCUGAUCGAGCGCCUCACGAGAGACGUCGGCCGCUUCAAGGAUGAGCUGGAGACCAUGAAAUUUAUAUGCACUGACUUCUGGACAUUGAUUUACAAGAAGCAAGUGGAUAACUUGCGCACCAACAACUACGGCAUGUACGUGGUGCAGGAUAAAGCAUUCCGUUUUCUCACACGCAUCUCGCCUGGCUCCAAGCAGCUGGAGCAGGCGCCCAAAUUUGUCGCCUUCACUUGUGGUCUGGUGCGCGGCGCGCUUAGUAAUCUGGGUAUCAAUAGCACUGUGACGGCUGAAGUGCAGACAAUACCCGCCUGCAGAUUUCACAUAGAAGUCAAUAGGGAUGGCCACCACAUUCUGUUCAGUCCAUUCGCAAAGCUCGCGCAACGCCCAUUGUUUGUCAGGCAGCUGAGGCUGCAGAGGAUUUGGAUCUGUGUGUAUACCCAAUGCAGGCUGUGGACCUAUUAAUAUCAGCCACUUCCCUUCAAAUGCGCUUAGAUAAUCCAGGAAGGCGCUGCGAUUGUUAAAGUAGCAAAAGAGCAGCGCACAGGGCGCAACGCCCGAGCAGCAGCGGCUGAAGAAACUGGGAGUCAAUUUGGAGUCCGCCUGCUCAAUGUAGUUGAGUGGAAUAAAACUGCGUACGGCGUAUUUGCUGCGCCACCAGUUCGGAUCCCUUUCCAGGCCAUAUACUCGCAGCUCUUGGUCAGCCACCGCGCCGAGCAGCCACUCGAGCAAUCCACUGCCACAGCCAAUGCUCAACACAUGGUGAAUGUCCAGCUCCACAUGUCGCGCACUGCGCUCGGAUAAUAUAAUUAUGUAUUUCUAUUGCUUGUUCAUCGAACAGUGCCCAGACCCUUGGCAUUGACGCAGGCCAAGUAAGCAGCAGCAUUUGAGAUAUCACGACUCAUUAAUACUCUAUAUACUAUUAAUAAUUAUAUAUUAUAGUCAAUUAUUAUUGAA